GAUGGCGGCGGCGGCGGCAGGGGCUCGGCUGAGGGGCUGCGCGAAGCUGACAAGAAAUAUUCCAGCAUUCUUGGCUCCCUGGAGGUUUUCCCAGUGUGCCUUUAGAUCCUCCAAAUCGGAACUCAAGCCGAAUCUCUCCAGUGAUGGAGUUGUCUGUGCUCCACUUCACACGUUCACUGAAGAGGAGGCAAUGCUGAAGAACAUGGUGACAAAAUUCGCUCAGGAACGAGUGGCACCUUUCGUGCAAAAAAUGGACGAGAACUCGAAAAUGGAGGACUCCAUAGUACAGGGAUUGUUUGAACAAGGGCUGAUGAGUAUUGAGCUUGGGGAAGAAUAUGGAGGAACCGGUGGUUCAUUUUUUUCAAUCAUAUUGGCAGUAGAAGAAUUGGCCAAAGUUGAUGCAGCUGUGGCUCUUGUAUGUGAACUCCAGAACACACUAACAGUUAAAUUGUUUACCACAUAUGGAACAGAAGAGCAAAAGAGAACUUACCUGCCCAGGGUGUCUAAAGACACAUUAGGCAGUUUCUGUCUUUCGGAGGCUGGGUCUGGCAGUGAUGCCUUUUCCUUGAAGACUCGAGCUGAGAAGAAAGGAGACUACUAUGUUAUCAAUGGCUCCAAGAUGUGGAUUAGCUUAGCAGAAGAUGCAGGAGUUUUCUUUGUGAUGGCAAAUACAGAUCCAUCCUCAGGGUACAGGGGAAUUACCUGCUUCAUAGUGGAUCGCGACACGGAGGGACUUCACGUGGGGAAGAAGGAGGACAAGCUGGGAAUCAGAGCAUCUUCCACCUGCCCAGUGACUUUUGACAACGUGAAGGUUCCUGAGACCAAUAUCCUGGGACAGGUUGGACAAGGCUAUAAGUAUGCCAUUGGAAUGCUCAAUACUGGCAGGAUAGGGAUUGCUGCACAGAUGUUAGGACUGGCACAGGGGUGUUUCGACCAUACAGUUCCAUACACGAAAGAGAGAGUCCAGUUUGGGAAAAGUGUCUUCGAUUUCCAGGGGAUGCAGCACCAGAUCGCGCAGGUGGCCACGCAGCUGGAGGCGGCGCGGCUGCUCACCUACAACGCGGCGCGGCUCGCCGAGAGCGGCCGGCCCGUGGUCAAGGAGGCCAGCAUGGCCAAGUACUACGCUGCUGAGGUUGCAACACUGACAACCAGUAAAUGUAUUGAAUGGAUGGGAGGUGUUGGAUUCACAAAAAAUUACCCAAUAGAAAAGUAUUAUCGUGACUGCAAGAUAGGUACGAUAUAUGAAGGAACCUCAAACAUCCAGCUGAGCACCAUUGCCAAAAUGUUAGCACAGCAGUACUGAAACCAUGAGGACUUCCUUGACUGUUAAAGGACAUUAUUUCCCUGAACACUCAUUGUGAAUUACCCAUUUAUUUGUAAAUACAAGAAGCAUUAUUGACAUCAUAUGUAAGAACACAUCAUCACAGAUGAAACCAUAGGGAAAACCAUGAAUUCCCCGUUUCAGCUCACGUGAAAUCCUGAAUUCCACGUUCAGACCCCAAGUAGGGGUUACAAUAUUGCUUCCUGCCUGAGAGAAUUCCAAGAUAAUUCCUUGGAUUUGGUCACCUUAGGCCAUGCAAGCAGUGCAUCUCCACUUGGGGAUUUCCAAGUGAAAACAAAGGAAGCCAAAUCCUUGGCAUAACUGGUGGGAGAGGUUCUGAUGAGCCACCUGGGAGGGAGGGCUCUACAGGAGAGAGAGCAGUGGUGGUUUCCUC